CCAUUUAAUAACUCGUUUGUCAUGUUCUUCUACAGACCCAAGCUUCGAGACCCGAUUAAUGGCGGCAAAAGGCUCCUCUGUUUCUUACUUAUAGUCCAAAAGCUUCGAGAAGCUUUCUGAUGGCGGUUCCUUCCAUUUCUAUCUCCGGAUGGUGAGAGUUUGGUUUCAGGUUAUAGAAUGAGCUUGGGAUAAUGAGUGAUAACGAGUCUUCAGAGCCCGGACAGCUCAAACGUGCGGUGAUCGAUGCCUCCGCUGGUGCGGUUGCUGGUGCUGUUUCGCGUUCGGUAACUUCGCCCCUUGAUGUUAUCAAGAUCAGGUUUCAGGUUCAAUUGGAGCCCACAGCUUCAUGGGCGUUGACUCAAAAAGAUUCUCCUGUGAGGCCCAAGUACAAUGGUUUAUUACAGACAACAAAGGAUAUAUUUAGAGAGGAAGGAUUGUUGGGCUUUUGGCGUGGAAAUGUCCCGGCUUUACUUAUGGUUGUGCCAUAUACAUCCAUACAGUUUGUAGUUUUGCAUAAGUUCAAGUCUUUUGCUGCUGGUUCAUCAAAAACUGAAAAUCAUGCCCGUUUGAGUCCUUAUCUUUCUUACAUCAGUGGUGCACUUGCUGGCUGUGCCGCCACAAUCGGAUCUUACCCAUUUGACUUACUCCGUACAGUUUUGGCUUCCCAGGGUGAGCCUAAGGUGUAUCCAAAUAUGAGAUCAGCGUUUCUCGGUAUAAUGCAAUCUCGUGGAAUCAAGGGAUUGUAUGCCGGAUUGUCACCAACACUGGUUGAGAUCAUUCCUUAUGCCGGUCUUCAGUUUGGCACUUAUGACACAUUCAAACGUCGGAUGCUGGCCUAUAACUUGAGAAGGUCUCCUUCAAGCUCUAAGAAUCCAGAUGAUAGCCUUUCAAGCUUUCAGCUUUUCAUAUGCGGACUAGCUGCUGGAACCAUUGCCAAACUUGUUUGCCAUCCACUCGAUGUUGUCAAGAAACGGUUCCAGGUCGAAGGUCUGAAACGGCACCCGAGAUACGGAGCACGAGUAGAGCUAAACGCUUACACGAGCAUGUUCGAUGCAGUGAGACAGAUCCUAAGAUCAGAGGGUUGGCAUGGUCUGUAUAAGGGAAUUGUCCCUUCCACCAUAAAAGCUGCACCUGCAGGUGCUGUAACAUUUGUGGCUUAUGAACUGACUUCAGAUUGGUUAGAAUCGUUUUUGACUUGAAACUUGUCAAAGGCAACAUACAUGUCUUUGAUUCUGUAAUGGUGAAGAAAUAGGACUACGUGUUACCCCAAUACGGCUUUGUAAAGAUUGAGACAGCGAGUUUUAACUUU